UUUGCAUAAUUCCAAAUUAAAUGCCGAAGAAAUGUCAAAUUAUUCCACCACUAGACAAAAUCUGAUCAAAUAAAAACGUCAGAAAGAAAUAUGAAUUUAAAAGCAAGUCAACUUCUAAUUUUGCAAGUCAACGCCAUUAAAGAGGGGCGACCGAUUCAACUCCCAGCUUGUGAUGAAUCCCACCAGUUGGCAUCCUAAGCAUUCACAUAUACUUUAUUCCAACUUGCUUAACCUGUUUGACAAAAACUUGUAUAUAUCAAGCACAAAUUCACGUUGUACCCUUUUCAAGAGAAAAAUAAACAAAAAAAAUAUAAAAUAAUAAGAGAGAAAUGGAGUUCAGGCAUUUCAGCCACAAUCACGGCCUAGUUUACCACCAAGUUGUUCAAGGAUCUGAAAUUCAUUGCUCCGGCUGCAAAUCUGCCGGCUCAGGCAACGUCUACGUUUGCUGGCAGUGCAGUUACUUCCUCCACGAACACUGUUUUCGUUCCGAACGGUCUCUCAAGCACCCGUCUCAUCCCCUUCAUCCUCUUACUUUGGUUCCUUCUCCUACUUAUCCGUCCGGAUCCUUUUUCUGCAAUUCUUGCAAUCUUGGUGGAGAUGGAUUCUCCUACACUUGUUCCGAAUGCGAAUUCGAUAUUCAUGUCCAUUGUGCUCUUAAUGUUCAAAUUCCUAAUCCUAAUCUCAAUCCACAUUUAUUUCCUUCCCCUGUUCCUAAUCCUAAUCAUAAUCUUAAUCCUGCGCAGAAUUAUAAUUCUAAUAUCUAUCCUCCUCCAAUCCAAUCUAAUGCUUAUCCAACUUAUCCUCCUCAAAACACUGGUUAUCCCCAUAAUAUGGAUACUGACGAGGAGGUGGAGGAAGAUGAUGUACAUCAGGAUCGUAAAGCUGGUCGUGCCUUACCCUUUCCGCAGCUGCCUGGUCCGGCGUACUUGGAGGGUCCGUGCGAUGGAGGGCCGCAAAAUUUAGAGUUUAUGCGAUGGUUCAAGUCGCAUAUAGCGAUGUACAUUUGGGAAGGAUAUGAGCGCCGUGAAACUACACGGUGCGAGUCGAGGACCAAAGCACUCGAGGACUACCGCGGCCCGCAGGAUAACACGAUGAUUGCGAGGCUGGAGGCAACAGAUCUUUACCACUUACGAGACUGUUUUCUGAAGAAGAUGAACAAGAACCUCAUGCUAGCUUUCGUGGAGAGGUGGCAGCCGGAGACGAACAGUUUCCACAUGCCAUGGGGCGAGAUGACGAUCACGCUCCACGAUGUCGCUUUCAUCAUGGGGUUGCGGCUGGACGGACCAGCAGUUUCUGAAAUUCGCCCGGUAGAAGAGUGCUCACAGAGUCUUGCAUCUGUAUUGGGUCUCGGUCUGAUGGACACCAAUGACAUGUUUCGAAACAAGGGAGUUGGUUGGGUUAAGGUGAGAGAUCAGUUGACCCUUCCCUCCGCCACAGACGAGAAGAAGAUGAAGGGCUACUUGAUGUUUCUGCUUGGGUCUGUUUUGUUUGUAGACAAAACAGGGUGUAACAUGAAGCCGUGGUGGAUCCAUUUUACCAACGAUCUCGAUAAUGUCGGCAAGUAUUCGUGGGCUUCGGCAUGCUUAGCAAACAUGUACCGCCAAUUGGGUAUUGCCACCCGCGCUGGGAUGAACAGUCUCUGUGGAUGUGUUAUUCUCCUUCUGUUGCCGGCGGCGCCGCCUACUGCUGCACGGAGUCGCAGUGCAGUUUCAACCUCCACCAAAUCAAUGCUUUCGAAUUCCGCUAGGGAGAUCCGCCACAAGUCCCACCUCGAGCACCCGCUCACCUUGCUGGCGGAGCCGCCGUACAGCGAGGGGUUCACGUGCAACGCGUGCCUGAAAGAGGGCAAGGCGUUUACCUACACGUGCGCCGCGUGCUCGUACGAUCUGCACAUAGACUGUGUCCAGUGGCCGGAGAAGGUGACCCGCUCGGACCACAAGCACACACUGACCCUGUACUACUCGUCACCAGCGGCGGCGGCGGCCACGGCGGAUCAGGAGGUGACUUUCAUGUGCGAUGUUUGUAUGAACCCGGUGCACGAGAUGGCGUGGUUGUACCAGUGCCGUGAGUGCAAUUUUGGGACACAUCUGGAGUGUGUGACUUCUGCAGUGAAGCAGCAGAGUACCGCCGGCAGCAGCGGCGGCGGUGAGGCAAAAACUGAAGAGGUAACGAUCACGGAAGCUGAGCUCAAAUUUGCUGUUCUUCAAUUUUUGCUCGAAGCCCAAGGCAGAAAGGCCGCUCUCGAUAGUAUUUGAAUUUUAUUUAUUUGAUGUAAAGUCGCAAUUGAUCAAUAUCGUGGACGUGUUCGAUAUAAAUAUGGGGUGUGCACAUUUUUUAUAUAUUAUUGAUCAGUUGAGUUUAG